UUCAUAGUUUUUGAUGAAACAGGUAACUGUGAUGGGUAUAUUAGGGGUUUCUGUGUUAUGUUUUGGAAGCCGGAGUUCCCCUUUAAUAUAUUUUUAUUGUAUUGAAUUGUUAUUAUUAUUGCACUAGAGGGAGCUCUCUUCCCUUAUUUUCAUAUUAGACUUCAAACAGUUCAGAAAAGCCAUGGCGUUCAUAAUUAGGAUUUUAUAACUAUCCCUUAUGACAUGUGGGUAAUUGUGUAAUGUGCAGCUUCUAAGGCAAAUUUAAGAAAUGUAAAAGAGAAAUACUGAAUUCACUGGCAAAUUUGGAGGUGAGCAAUGAGCGUUCUGAGAGAAAGAAGAGGGGUUUGUACAGGAGACAGAUUUAAUAUGAAAGUUGAUACGGUUUGAGAUAUAUUGAGUUCAAAGAUAUGUGUAUGGAUUUUGGAAACAUAAGGAGAGAGCUGUAUGUAGUCCAACAAGAGAGAAAGGUAAAAGGGUUUAUGUACAUUGUUGAACACAAUGAGCAAAUUGCAAAAAAAAGCCUUAAUUUGUCAUUUUUUGCACCUUGCACUUUUGCUCUUAUAGGGUGUUUAUUGGCCUGGGUCUAUCCAAGAGGUGCGGGCAGGGGGGAGGCAUGUAGGUGCCAGCCCCCUUAAUCACCACCUUUAGUCCAGGUAUAUAGGGAAAGUUUUGGGCUGACAUAUGCAGUCUAGAAAUACUGGGAGAACUUCGGUUUAGGACAUGUGAAGGCCAGGGACCUAGGGAGAGGUAAAAGCUGAGAUGUAUGGAGACCAGAGACAUAGGGAGAGGUAAAGACUGAGAUGUAUGGAGACCAGAGACAUAGGGAGAGGUAAAGACUGAGAUGUAUGGAGACCAGAGACAUAGGGAGAGGUAAAGACUGAGAUGUAUGGAGACCAGGGACAUAGGGAGAGGUAAAGACUGAGAUGUAUGGAGACCAGGGACAUAGGGAGAGGUAAAGACUGAGAUGUAUGGAGACCAGAGACAUAGGGAGAGGUAAAGACUGAGAUGUAUGGAGACCAGAGACAUAGCGAGCAAUAAGGGUUGACGUGUGGAGCCUGCUGACACAGGGCAGAGAUGUAUUGAGGAGGAGAUGUGUGAGUAGUAGGUUAAGUUGGGAGUAUUUGGGAGAAAAAGAGGGAUUACAAGGAUGUAAAUAAAUAUUUGCUGAUAUUUUCCUACAAAGCAGGGGCAAGGAAGGGAACUAACCGGGAAGUGCUGAGAAUCACAAUAUAAAGGGUUUAACUCCAGUCCUUCCCUCUCUAUGAACUGCUGUAUACUGUUACUAUGAUACAAGCUGCAGCCCUCCAGCUACAGGAUUCUGGGAGUUGUGGGACUUAUUCUGUGCGGGGAGGAGGCAAUCAGGCAGUGGGAAUUAUUCAUGUUGCAUUUAUGUCAAAAAUGUCAAAACUCUGCUAAUGCAAUAAAGUGUGUUUUAUUAACUCCUUGUAUCACCUGUUUCUUUGUGCUUUACAAAUCAGGUUGGAGCAUGUCCUCUUUCACCACCUUCACUUUAGGAACGGCCUUCUGGCACUGGGUGCCAACAUUGCCAGUCUGGCAACCAGGUUCUUUUCUGCUUAAAGGUUCUGUUGCUGCUUAAUCCCCCAUGUAGUUUAUGGAAAUGGAAUGAACCAGAUGGAAGAGCCUCUCUAUAAUGGAGACAGUUACUGGGAUGUUGAGGCCUCUGACGUCCUACAGUUCAUCUGCGCUGAUGUUUUACUGUGGCUUUUCCUGGUUUGGUUAUAUUUCCGGAACAGCGGAGAACUGACACUCUCAGCUUUUUUCUUGCUCUUAAUUGUGAAAAUGGGAGGAGUCCUUCUGUCCUGCUGGGGGUUAAUCUCCAAUAUGUUGGAUCAGGGCUACAGAAGCGCCCAUUCAAGCCAAGUGAUUCCUCCAGAGGCCGAGCAAGAAGCCACCCAGGCAUUUAAUAGCCUACAAAGCCUUUACAUCAGCAAUGUUGUGGUGUUUUCCCUGAGUAUUGUUGGGCUACAUCUGCAGAGCAAAGAGAAUAGAAGACAUCUGAUAGAUAUUGGCCAUACUGUCAUGUUGACUACAGCAUCAGUCAUAUCAGCAGCAGUUUGUGCCAUAUGCUCUGUACUUUCUUUGGUGAGCAUGUUGGUAAAGGCACCAGCCAACAAAAAUGAACAACCAGCCAACCAAAUAAAGAAAGCUGCCAAAAAGAAAAGAAAAAGGGUCAUAACUCAACCAGAACCACAACCCACAGUCUGCACAGAUUCUGCACAGGAGAUUGUGGAGCCAAUAAAGUCUGUGCAAGAGAAUGUGGAGCCAGAAGACUUUACUCAUGAAGAACUAGUCCCAUUAAAUUCUGCAAUCAUAGAUGUUAAGCAAGAAAUGUUGCUUGUAGAUGAUUGCAGUGAAGGGAUUGGUGAAGUUGGCCAUGAAGAUAUUCCCAGGGCAAAACCUUGUAUGAGGAAUAGUUGUAUCUAUAAUGAGGAUUUAGAGAUCACUGUUCUGACUACAGAACCCACUGAGAGCCAAGAAACAGAAGUGGUCUCUUUUCCUGAGGAGAAGCAGAAGAAGAAGAAGAGGAAUAAGAUCACCUGCUUCUUCAAAUUCAUUCAAAAUCUCAGGGACACCAGAAAGAAGAAGAGCGGGAAAUCCAAGAAAAGACAAAUUCUCACAAACCUCACAUCAUGUUUCCAGUGCCGUUCUGUGGAACCUGAUGAUCCCUAGACCGGAGGCACCAGACAUUACAGCCGAUUGACUUUAACCAAAGUUAUUCAAGUCUUCCACUGCCUGUACCAUGGGAAAUAUCAUUCAAUUCCAUUGCUGGAUAAAAGAAUAUAAGCAGAACUUAUUGUCUUAUAGUUCUACAAGACUGAUCUACUGGUGACCAACCAACGGCCAAUGGAUACCUGACAAUCUCCCAUUUUGGGAAACCCUCAAUAUUCCCUCCCCCCAACAGUCUCUUCCAAAAUAUUUAUUUUUAUAUAUAUUUUUUUACUAUAUAUUAUUUAUGAAUAAAAUGUCUAUGUAUGAAAAUGAAUGAGAUGGAAUCAGAAACCUUUCUUUGUAUGUUGAGAGAAAUGAUGGGAAUGAAUAACAGAGUCGCCUUCUAGUGAACGGGUUUCUGCUAAGCAGAACAAUCAUGUAAGGCAGUUACAGUCAAGAUUUUUUAGGGUUCACGUGUGGCCCCUAAAUAUUUUCAAAAGAGAUGUCAUGUCAUCUGACCUGAGAGUUUGAUAAGAAGAUUAUUCCUUGCACCCGGGUAUCUCCUGUAUUCAUUGGGAUGGGAACAUGAUGGGUUUAGCAGAUUCAGUGCUAGGUACAAAGUAGGGAUGCACCGAAUCCAGGAUUCGGCCUUUUUCAGCAGGAUUCAGUUUCAGCCGAAUC